UCAUGAAGAAACUACUGGAAAACUUGGGUUUGGCAGAGUACUAUGAUAAGAAGCUCACUCUACACACAGUGCUGCAGAUUGACAAGACCAGUAUCACAGAUGUGCCGGUCCAGUCCCUUUCAGAUCUGCCAUGGCUGUUCUUGAAGAGACUGAUGAUGCUACAAAGGACAGCGAGGAGCGUUAAGUGUUCCUCAUCAGAUGGGACAGAAGAUUCAGAGUGGGAUGAUGAUCAGGAGGCUGAAUCAGACUGUCCUCAGUCAGUAAAUCCUUUAGACAUUUUGACUGCUGUGUUUCUUUGUUCUGACAGUUUUCUUCAGCAGGAAAUGAUCAUAAAAAUGUCCAUGUGUCAGUUUGCUGUUCCUCUCCUGCUUCCAAACACUGAUAACAGUCAGAUCACUCUUAUGCUUUGGGCAAUGAGAGAUAUUGUGAAAAAAUACAUACCACACACCCUAUCAGAUCCAAGUGCAUUUGUGGAAGAAAGGAUUGCUCUUUCAGAAUUACCUUUAGUGUCUUUUGUGAGACUUGGUAGAUGCAACAUUUCCAAAUCAGAAAUUCUGAAUAAGCUGCUCAGCAAUCCACAGCAGUACACUGAUACCUUUGUGCACUUCAACAUGGAUUGUGGAAACAUCAGUAAGAAAAUAUCAGAUGGCUUGGUUGACAUGGCCUGGUAUCUUCCUUGUGGAAACAAGAACAUUGAUGUCUUUCCUGAACCUGUAGCGAUUGCCAACUUGAGAGGUGACAUUCAGAACUUUAGAACACAGUACACUUUUCUUUGUGAGGCUUCAACUGCUGUGUUUGUGUUCUUUGAAUCCCAACUUUUAGAUUCACAGUUAAUUUCAGUCCCCAGUCAGAAAUCUACACCUCAGCAAUUCUUUGUAGGGGACUCCAACAAUGAGAACAUAAAAGAUGCACUUUACCGAAAACAGCUGGAACAUUUACCUAAACUCUGUGCUCAACUACUGCUGGAUGGAUUUUCACUUGAACUUGUGGAUGGAGAUUCUUCAAAUAUCCCUGAAAAAUGGAUUACUAGUGUGUUUUCUGAACUAAACGCACUGGUGGAGCCCAAAAACAAGAUUAUGGUUGUCACCGUUUUGGGCGUCCAGAGUUCAGGAAAGUCAACGCUGCUGAACACCAUGUUUGGAGUUCAGUUUGCAGUGAGCAGUGGAAGGUGCACCAGGGGAGCCUUUAUGCAGCUCAUUAAAGUAACAGAAGAGCGUAAAGCAGAACUCCAAUGUGAUUAUAUAAUGAUAAUUGACACUGAAGGACUGAAAUCCCCCGAGCUCGCACAACUGGACAACAGCUAUGAACAUGACAAUGAGUUGGCAACUCUUGUUGUUGGACUGAGUGAUGUAACAAUUGUCAUCAUCGCCAUGGAAAACUCCACAGAGAUGAAAGACAUUUUACAGAUCAUUGUUCAUGCCUUCCUCAGGAUGGAGGAAAUAGGUAAGAAACACAAGUGUUUGUUUGUACACCAGAAUGUUGCUGAUGUCUCAGCUCAUAAUUCAAACAUGAGAGACCGUAAAUUUCUUUUGGAGCAACUGGAUGAAAUGACACAAGCUGCAGCCAAAAUGGAGAACAAACUGGAGGUCAAGAAAUUUACAGAUUUGAUGAAUUAUGACACUGAGACGGGUGAUCACUACUUCCCUGGAUUGUGGCAUGGAAACCCCCCAAUGGCACCAGUGAGUAUUGGCUAUAGUGAGUCUGUGUAUGCUCUCAAAAAGCAUAUAAUGGAGAUCUUUAAAUGUUACAAGCCCAGCACAAUCAAUGAAUUUCUUAAAUGGACCAAAGACUUGUGGACUGCUGUGAAAUUUGAGAAUUUCAUCUUUAGCUUCAGAAAUAGCCUGGUGGCUGAUGCAUACAUGAAACUGUGCACAGAGUACAACAGAUGGGACUGGACACUGAGAAAACAAAUGCAUACAUGGACAUUAGAAGCUGAAACGAAUGUCUUAAACCAUGGAUAAUUUGAAAACUCUGUGGAGUGCACUGUUGAAGAUGUCCAUUGUCAUUUACUACAAGAGGCAGAAUCUGAACUUUCAAAAGGACAAGACAAAAUUAUUGCCAAGAUCCAAUCAUACUAUGAACAAGGAGAAGGUCAUGUUGAACUUGUGGAAAGUUAUCGACAAGACUUUAUAAACUCUGCCAAGUCUUUGAAGACAGAGCUUUCAAAUUCAAUCAGAAUCAAAUUGGAUGCAGCUGUUUCACGUCGAAAUGGAAUGAUGAAGUUGGAAGGAAUCAAAAAGACAUACAUGGACACAAUGGAAAAAAAAGUGCUGGACUUGCUGAAAAACUGUCGUGAGAAAAAGGCACACAUGUCAGACUCCACGCUGGAUGAAGCAUUUGAAAAGAUGUGGCAGGAGACUGUUAGGACAUUGUCAUACACAGGGCUCCAGAAACAAGAUAUCAUUACAAAAGUUCUUCAUCAUUUAAGAAAAAAUCUCGAAUCUAGAGGAAGUUCAGUGGCUAAAAGCUUAGACAAAGUGAAGGAUUUUAACAGUCAUGGCCAUGGAAAUGUUGUUGUCCACAAAGGUAACUUUAUAACCAGCAAGUUUGUUUAUGCUCAGUGGAUCCAGACGGUUCAAGAGAUGUCAGACAACCUUAUAGAUGAAUGUCGGGAUUUUGUUGAAGCAAAGAGGGAAAGUAAGGAUGAUUAUGAUGACACACACAUCGGGGAAAUUCUCAACAUGAUUGAUGAGAAACUCAAGACUCAUGAAGAUCUUAAGCUAAAGGAAGAUUUUGAACUGUCCCUUAAAUUACACAUAUGUGGCUUUGCAAGCAGAGAAUUUCAAAAGAUUCACAAUCAAUUCAUCCAGGAAAACAACCCACGAACAGCCUUGGAGAACGCCAAACAAACAUACCACUCUGACUUCAUUGACCUUUAUCGUGAACGAGACCAGUGUCAGAAGAAAGCUGAUGAAUUCAUGAGCAACUGUCUAAAACCUGCCUUGGAAAAAUACAUGUCUGAGGUCUUGGGCACAGAAAUGGCAGAUAAAAUGGUGACUGGUGAAAACUCAGCAAUUUUCGGAACAAGGACAACAUUUCAGCAAUUCAUCUUGAAAAAUAUUCUUGAUGAAUUUGAAUUUAAAACAUAUCGGCGUUUCAUUAAGUCAUAUGAAACGUAUGUCAAAGGCUUUAUUUUUGAUAAAAUCAGAAAACACUUUACAGCAGAGAACAGAAUGAUCAAACUAGAGGAAAAGGUUCUCAAUGAAGUCAUCAGUGAAAUUAUCCAGGCCAUUGAAGACACGGAGCAGGACCCAAAGAAAAAUGACAUCAAGGGAUUCAUCCAAGACAUCUGCAGGAAACUUCAAAAAAGGCUUGUUAUUCCCAGUGAUGUAGUGGACAAAAUCAGCACACUGAACAAUGCAAAUCCAAAAAAAAAUUCUGAAUUCCUUCUUUGUUCCGUGAAGGAGAUGGAUAAAUCACUGAAAGCAAGUUUCCAAGCAAGAGAUUUUCAAAGCAAAAUACGUCAUCUUCAAACCAAACCACAGGAUGUGCUGUUCAAACGAGUGCAGGGCUGUGGGAAACAGUGUCCAUUCUGUAAAGCACCAUGUGAGGCUGGAGGAGAAGCCCACGCUAAACACUUUGUCUCGGUCCACAGACCAGAAGGUCUCAGCCGCUACAGAUUUGAUGAUUCUAAAAAACUAGUGACAGACAUCUGUACAUCAUCGGUGUACAGUGACUCAUGCUUUAAGUGCCGUGACACCAAUGAUCAGUGGCAUCCAUAUAAGAAAUACAGCCAAAUCUAUCCAGACUGGCGAAUUGAUCCAGACCCAAACAAAGAACCAUUAGAUGUCUACUGGAAAUACGUGAUGGCACAAUUCAAUGAGAAGUUUGCUGAGGAGUACAAUGCAAAGCCUGCAGAUAUAUAUUCAUUAUGGAAAAGUAUCACAAAGGUCGAUGCAGAGAAAAGCCUAAAAAUAGAGAAAUAG